AUGUCUAACGUUCGUGCUUCCGAUUUGCGCACGAAGUCUGAGGCUGAGUUGCUGAAGCAAGUGGGAGAAUUGAAGACUGAGUUGGCUAAUCAGCGCCUCUUUAGAAUUACUCGUGGAGCUGCCUCAAAGCUUAGGAAGAUUCGUGUGCUUCGCAAGUCUAUUGCUCGCAUCUACACGGUCAUGAACCAGGCUGCUAAGCUUCGUCAGCGAGAAGCCUAUCGUAAGAAGCGCUACGUUCCCAAGGAUUUGCGGCCUAAAAAGACCCGAGCCAUUCGACGUCGCCUUUCCAAAAGGGAGCGGUCUAUCCACUCUCAAAAGACUCUCCGCAAGAUGCGGUCAUAUCCCACAAGGCAGUUUGCUGUCACGCUUUAA